AUGUCGGCGUGGACCUGGCUGGCAUCUCUUGUGGGACUCGGCGAGGGUCCCACACCCGGGGAGACCGCAGACGAUCAGGAUGCUUUGAUAGCCACCCUGCUGCGGGCAAACUGCUCGGAGCAUCAGCUCAAAUUGAGAGACCCUGUUGAACAUCAGCUUGAACGAGCAAACUAUCAUUGCGAUUUUGCCAAGAGACAGGCACAUCGCCUCACGCUUUUACUUCGCGAUGUUGUAGCUAAGAGGGAUGUGUUGCGCGGGCAAGCAGAGGAGGCGGCCGUUCUGCAAGCUCGCUUACGCGCGCAACUUCAGCGGGCGCUUUCGGAAAGAGAUGCGUGGCGCAUCGAUGCACACCAGCUCCGGAAUGAGCUUCUUGGCAGGAUGGCACCUCAUCAAAAAUUCAUGGUUAAAAACGGUUCUCUUGAAAGAGACAUUCUGCGUGUGCAGGCAGGAGCGGUAGCCGCUGUCUUCCCGACGCUUCUGAGCAUUUCUGAACCUCAGACAGAUGGCGUUGACAGCUGCGCGUUCUUGAGCAUGUACGUGCUCUCGCGUGACGAGUCGGUCAGGAGCUUCGGCUCCCUCAUUGCCCUCACGCACGAGCUCGGAACCUCAGCGACGCUGAAGCCGGUCUCUGCGUAA